UUAUCAGUUUCGAAGCAGUCUUUAUCGUGUGGGCCUUGCUAGUGGUUGCGUGGAAGUGAAAAUAAAAGUUUUUACGUAAAUAAUUAUGUUAUAGUGUUACAAUGGCAGUCGACAGGUUAAUAUGGAAGAUUAUACUGGAUUUCCUUGUCCUGGCGUGCGUCGCAUUCCCGAUCCUGGGGCUGGCACUAUGGGCGACGCCAUACCAUCGAGGGUACGACUUGAAUGACAUGUCGAUACGACUGCCUUACAAGGACCAGCUUGUAUCCGUUAGCGCUCUAGCAGGGGCAGGAUUCGCUUUCAUGGUUUGUACGAUACUCCUAGUGGAAAUAGUUCGAGACAAAAAAGGGAAGGGUGCGGGUGAGAGGUUCUUAUCCGGAUCUGUGAUGCCCGGCUGGGUCUGGGAGAGCUACCGAAGUAUUGGUGUCUUCGCCUUCGGAGCAUCCUGCCAGCAACUUACGUCAGACUUCGCCAAAUACGUCAUUGGUAGACUAAGGCCACAUUUCUAUGAAGUUUGCAUGCCGUUCCCUAUAGCAAACUCCUCAGCGAACAUUCUGGGGUAUAUCAAUGACUAUACAUGUGGAGGGUCCGACACAGCCAAGAUUCAAGAAGCCAGACUAUCCUUUCCCAGCUCACACGCUAGUUUCUCCAUGUAUUGCGCUGUGUUCUUCAUUUUCUACAUCCAAGAGAAGGGCAAGUGGCGUGGAUCGAAGCUGUUACGUCACGCUAUACAGUAUGCAGUGCUGAUUAGUGCUUGGUUUGUGGGCUUGUCUCGAGUCCAGGACAACAUGCACCACUGGAGCGAUGUCGCUGCCGGGUUCCUUAUUGGAGCUACGUUUGCUUCUCUUGUGUUUAUUUACGUACUAAAACCGAAGAAGUACGGUCUCCCAGUAGCUUGGGAGGAGCCCCCGCUACCAACGAGUACAUUGACAGUACCAAGAGCCGUCCUGUCUUCAAUUGGAUCAACACGAUGACCAUCAACGAUGUCGGACGACCCUUACAAUUAGAACUAUUAAGUACACGACAUAAAGUGAUAACAGAUAACUUUGAGCUUAUUUUUCAUGACGCGUCAAUUGACGAAUGAAUGCAACCUACAAAUGACAAAUGCUCUCAUCUUGCUUAGAAACAAUGAUAGCUGUCGGCACGAAGCGCAACUUUGCAUCACUCUUCAUAUAAAUCUGCCUAACGUCAUUUGUAACUUGCAUGUAUUCGUCAAAUGACGCGUCGUGGACAAUACGCCUUAGUAAUCAUUAAAAUAUAUAUAUUUAAAAUAAACUGUCUUA